AAAAUACAUUUAAAUUAUUUAUAUUAUAAAUUUAUAUUAUUAUUCUUUUUAAGAUAAUGAAAAUUAAGAUUUAAAAUAAAUUCUUAUUGGUCAUCAUAUUGCCGCACUUAUCAUGCGGCAUUUAUUUAUUUGCAUAAAGUCAAAGUAAAAUUAAAGCAAAAAUCGCAAAUUGUAAAAUUGUCUAGAUGGAAAUGAAAUAUUGACAUUAUUAUGGACCUGAAUUUCUUUCCAUACAUUUUAGUUCAUCUACUUUUAUGAAGUACUGCAUACGUUUUUAAGAAAGAAGCGUUGUACGUUGACAGACUUUAUCGUUAUGAAACGUUUUUUUCUCUUCGAUUUUAUAGUUACCCGCUACUUGUGUAGUAUCUACUUAGUGUAGACAGUUUUAUUUAGAACAAGCGUUAUAGAACUUGCCGAUAGAACAGAAUAGAAAUCCGUAGAAGGCAAAUGAAACGAGGAGGCGCGAUUCUAAGGUUCGCGAUCGAUCAUCGACGCAACGAAUCCUUCUCGUCGGAAUGAAAGACUUGAAAAGUUAAACGAAACGCUACUAUGAUCUCGUCCGAUGAUGAUUUGAUGAUGAUACUGAUGAUGAUGAUGAUCAUUAUCGCAAAUCCUUGCGAGAUUUCGCACGCGACACUUCGCGAAGACUGACCGCAGGAUUUAUAAUACGCAAAGGUGCCAUAUAACAGGGACGGGCUUGUCUUUUAUUCUCGUUAACUCGAUCGAAUAAAUCGCAAAUCAAUCUCACGAUUUUUAUUAGAAUUAUAUUGCUAAACUUAAGUUCAAGAUCACUGUACGUUAGCGUUGUUGAGAAUUGACGAUUUUCAAAUGACGAGAAAUGAUUUUAUACCUUGUUGGGUGAAAGAAAGUAAAAAUUGUGUUCGGAACAAUAAAGAGUAAAAGUUUCUCUGUUUUAUUGAUAUUAAGAGUUUAUAAAAAUUUAUAAUUGAUUAAAGCAAUAUUUAAUAAUCAAAAUAAUCAUUUUAGCGUUAUUAAAUUUAAUUGAGAAUAAACUUGUGGUUUUACACGAUUGCUAUUAUUAGAAUUUCUUGAUUGAAUAAUAGUAUCUAUUUAUUAGAUUGCUCUAAGCACUUAGACGAAAUUCAUGGAAGCAUAAAUUGAUUUAUAUAAUGUAAUCGCGCCCGUCUCUGACAUAUGAGUUUAUAAUGGGAGUGAUGUAAAAGGAAGAAACAUUUUUCUCUCAACUAAUUUGCAGAGCAAGAGAGUAUUAAGGACAAUUUACAUCACUCUCAUUGACUCAUAAGAUUGUAGCGCGAAAGCGACUGUUGUUCGAACGAAUUCUAUAUUAUUGUUGUAUAGUGUAACCACCACGACUCGUGUCACCGAAGGCGAAACGUGGCUAAAAAUCAGCGUCGAUUGUAAUAAAGAGCAGCGUGUUCGCGUUAAUUAUCUACUCGUAUCUUUUUUCUUUACUUUAAGGGUAACAAUUUAGCAAUGUUCGCAAGUUUAGUACGAGCUGGUUAAUAUUGAAACCUCUAUUGAAAAGGAAAAGAGUGCCGAACAAUGCAAACGUGAAAGAGAUAUUGCAGAAGCGUGUAGAAAAGCUAUGUUAAUCUUUCAGAAACAUCAUUAUAAGCGUUAUCUUCACCUUCUUUAUGAACAUUGUCUCACAAACUGCCAGAUAACACUGUCCCGCAAACAAUUUUUAUACAAUUUUUUAUAUUAUUUUUUUUUAUCAUACAGCAAAAACUCUGUUUGCAUUUAAACUUUAACCUUUAUCUUCGAAUCACUUUUUCUCCGAAAUAGUAAGUACUAUAAUGCACUAUCGAUUAACAGACUGUAUUCGCUCAAUGUUUCAAACUAUACGAUGUAGAUAUUAGAGGAAUCAGAGAUCUCACAUUCACCAGAAUGCGGUGUUCGAAAGAAAAAGACACGCAAACGUAUAAAAAAUUCUUGCCUCCCUCCCCCUCCCCCUCCCCGUUAACGAUAGGCCGAUACUUGGUAUCAUAAUUAUUACAGAAUGAGAAUGCGUAAAAUGUAGAGAUAUUUUUUAUAUAUAUGAUAAUUGUACGUUUAUUUAUAUGAUUCUUUUAUCUUUCGAUCGUACUUUAGCAUCAGACAUAGCCAUCUAGUUUUAAGUUGUACGAGGAAAGUCAUCCGUAUAUGUUAUAAGUAUAAAAGUAAAAGAAAUUGUUUUCAGAAUGCGACAGAGAAGAAAUCACGGCAACGAAAUAAGCGAACGGAAAUAUAAAGUAUCGAUGUGUUCUGACGUAUGCGAGCUUUCUGGUUCACUUUAAACGAUGAGAUUAUUGUCCCCUUUGAUAAAAAUCAACGAUUAAAUAUGUUCGAACUGCUCGACGAGAGUCGGAGUGCUCCAUUUGUAAUCUAAAUUUUAAAAUACUUCGUAAAGUAAUAAUAGCGAGGGAAGUUCGCAAUUCUCGCGUACACGAAUAAUAAAUAAAAAUAAUAAUAAUAAUAAUAAAAAGAAUGAGAGGGAAUAAACGACAGUGGCGAUAGCUGUGCGCCAAAAUCAGAGAUUCCGUAUUUUGUCAGAUAACUAUAAUUAUUAUUGCGCCAGUGUAAUAUAAGACUUUGAUAUGUACUGUUAGUAUGCAUCGUGUGGGUAUUACAGAGAAUAAAUUUAAAUAUAAAACGUACAUCAAAUAUACGAGCAUACGCAUAUGUACACGUGUGUUUGUGUGUGUAAAGGAUAAAACUUAAGACACUAUGUAAACACAAUUUCAAAAACAACUUUUAAUAUAGAUUUACUUGUGUAAAAUAUAAGGAGAACUAAUUGUGCUCAAUAAAUUUCAAUAAAUAACGAUUUUGCCUAUACCAAUAAUUAUCAUUACUGCAGUUAUUUUUAUGUAAAAUGUAUAUUAUAAAGACAUAGCCUAACAAUCGAAAAGUUACUGAAAAUAAUAUAUAACUAUUAUACAAGUUUUUAAGUAACAUUUAUUUUCUAAUAAGUGAAAUUGAAAGAAAUAAACACUAUACUAUCAUUACAUAUAGCAAACAAAAUAGCAGCUGUUUAAUUUCAGCUAACUAAUUCCAACAUCUAGAUUCUAUUAUAUUGCUUUACAGAACUCAACGAGAAUUUAAUAAAUAUAUUCACAAGAUAGAAAAUAUGGAUUAUACGCUUUCAUGUAAAUAGAUAUUGUUCUUUAUAUAUGUCUACAAAUCCCUAAACGAUUGCUCAAUUUCCUUUUAUUUCCUUUCCUUUUAGCGCUCUCUUUCUAAUUCUCUAUCGCUUUUUCGACUGUCUUACGUACUCUUUUCUUAUAUCUCUAUGCUUCCAAUAGAAAAGAAUUUCGAAUACAUGCCGCAUCUUAGUACAGCGUUGCGCCAACAUUUUGCAAACGUUGCAGUUUACAUCAUCAGAGCUUCUUUUCAUUAAUUAUUUUAAUUUUAAUUUAUUUAAGUUAUAAUUUAUUAUUUUUACAAAUAAUAUAUAGGCAGGUUCUUCUACGAAACAAAUUUAAAUUUAACACUACUCCUUCGUCAUCACGUGAUCAAUCUUAGUUCGUCAUAUCAGGGCUAUUAGGUAGAUGGCGCUGAAAAGUAGAGCGCCACUUUUCUAUAAGGAGAAUUUUACGAUUUUGAUGUGUGCGGUUUUUACAGGUUAAGGUAUCGAUCUUUUUAUUGAAAAUAUAUAUUUAAUUUAUAAACCUAUUCGAGUUUUUAAUUGAAAAGAAAAUUAAUACAAGUUAAAAAGUUUUACACCAAAUCAAUAAUUUAACAGAUAGUGAAGACAUUCAAACAAAUCUAACCUUAAUCUUUUUAAAGGGGAAAAAACCGAAAUACAGUCAAAAGUAUCAGAUCCAUUAAUGUGACACAGUAAACUUAAAAAAAGAGAGAAAAAUAGAUCAUUAGAUUAUUAGGAUUAGAAAACUUAUACAUAAGAUAACUAAAAAAAAAAGAAUGAAUAUAACGCACAGAAUCGGUUACUACCCAACCUUGGUAACAUGUAAGUUGAUCCAAGUUUGCAAAUGUUUUGUAAACACUAAGGCAAAAUGUCAAGACAAGUCAAAAUGGACAAAACCAGUGGGAUAUGAAACCAAUGUAUCUAUAUAUAAUCCGAUAACAAAAUGCAAGAUGCCACUUAUCCUAAAGACAAAAAAUAUUUUAAAAUGGUAUAUGUGUGGACCUACAGUAUAUGACUCAGCACAUAUUGGGCAUGCAACCACUUACAUAAAAUCUGAUAUUUUUCGUCGAAUUCUAUCAGAUUAUUUUGAUAUAGAUGUGUUGUUGGUUAUGGGUAUAACUGAUAUUGAUGAUAAAAUAAUAAAACGUUCCAUUGAAAGUGAAAAGGAUUUCGAGACUUUAUCAAGGCAUUUUGAGAAUGAAUUUUGUGCGGAUAUGAAUAAGUUAAAUAUCCGCGAGCCUUAUUUACGCUGUAGAGUUACAAACUAUGUGCCGCAAAUUAUUCAGUUUAUUGAAAGACUAAUAGCCAAGGAUGACGGUUACGUUACAAAGGACGGAUCCGUUUAUUUUAAUACUAGUAAAUACGACAAAUAUGGUAAAUUGUCGACUCCUUUACAAUCUGAUGUUGUAACAGAUCAGCAUAUAGGGAAAAAAUCGGCAUUGGACUUUGCAUUAUGGAAAGCGGCGAAAGCGAACGAACCAUUUUGGAAAUCUCCAUGGGGCCAUGGUAGACCAGGCUGGCAUAUAGAAUGCAGCGCAAUUGCAAGCACAGUCUUUGGAAAUUCUGUAGAUAUACACAGUGGUGGGAUAGAUUUGGCUUUUCCACAUCACGAGAAUGAAGAGGCACAAUCUUGCUGUUAUCAUGGUGUCAAUCAAUGGGUUAAUUAUUGGCUUCACUGUGGCCAUUUAAAUCUGAAAGGAAAUGUAAAAAUGUCGAAGAGUCUAAAAAAUACCAUAAGCAUACAAGAUUUUCUCGAAAAUUAUUCGGCAAAUCAUCUUAGAAUGCUUUGCCUACUUUCUCAUUAUCGAAAUAAUAUUGAAUUCUCAGAUGAAAUCAUGCAAAAUGCAGUGUCGGUGACCAAAAAACUUGAUAACUUCAUAAAUGAUUGUGAUAAUUAUGUUGCUGGAAGAUUUAAAACUGGUGAAAUUGAUGAAAAUCUUUUGUUUGCAACUUUAUAUGACACGAGAAGUCAAGUUCACUCAGCAUUAGCAGAUGAUUUUGACACUUCAAAAGCAAUGCAUGCAAUUAUAAAUCUCGUUGGAAUAGGAAACAAGAUGCUUCAUAAAGAUACUACACCUCACAGUAAUAAUGUAAGCGCUAUUGCUGCUGUUUCAAAUUAUCUUUCGAAUACUCUUUCUAAAUUUGGCAUUUCACGAUCUACGAAAUCAACAAUAGAAAAUAAACAAAUUGAAGACAUUAUUGAUCAUUUCCUAAACUUCAGAGCGGCUGUUAGAAUCAGAGCACUUGAGCAAAAUCCAAAAGACACAAUUAUAUUGAAAGAAUGCGACAACGUAAGAAAAUGCUUAUCUACUUGCAGGAUUAUAGUAAAGGAUCAACAAAAUGUUAGUAGUUGGAGUUGGAAAUAAUCAUAUCUUGAAUAAAAGUGUAUUAAAAUUA